AUGAAAGUGCCAAAACUUUUAAUGGCAGCUAAUAAAUAUACUUUUGCCCUUUGUUUACUAACUCAAAAAAAUUGCAGUGAGACAGUCUUUAUGGCUCUACUUAAGCCUAUUGCAGGAAAAAAAGCCCUAACGGAUAUUUUUAAACGGAGAUUAUGUUAUAUUAAAUGGGAUGAAAUGCAUGCUUGCAGGACACAACCACCUUAUUUACCUCCUAACUUGAACAUCUCCAAUGAUCAAAUUUGGUAUUUUUAUUUACUCAUAAAAAAAAGGAAAGAAAAGAUUCUGAUGUGGUCGGUUAUCUAUGAUUUGCCUCGGUUUCUUGAUAAAAUGUGCAAUAUAGAAAUAAUUUUUCAAUCACUUGCUUAUGAUGUCUUUUUUACUACUCUAAUGGAUGGGUUUAUUUAUACUGUAGCAGUUCUACAACCAAUGCGCAGGAGGCAAAUAUGUCUUCAUAUAAUUGGAAUAACUCCUCUUUUAUGUGUAUUUGAAGUUAUACAGUACUUAUCAAUAUAUCCAAACUAUGUACUCAAUCCAUCUUCAUUUGACUGGAAGAGGCUGCGCAGGCUUUUAAAGCUAAAAACUCAAAGGAUUGUAAUUUAUGAUUUACUAGACACCCUCCAACUUGCACCACUGUAUUCAUUUCUCCAAUUUAUCACAGUCCUAAACAAGAUGGUAUAA